AUGUCAACAGCGAUGCAAAAGGAUGACGUCGCACAAGAUAUUCAUCAACAAGAACAAGAGCAAGAGAAGAAGAGUCAAGAUAUUGAGAUAGAGGCAGAUAAUCAGAAGAAAGAGAAGAACGGAUUAGCCACGACAAAGGAAGAGAAAGAGGAGACAAUUCAAGAGAAACAAACGGAGGAAAAUGGUGUUGUUACUGCUCACAAGGGACAAGAAAAGAUACCGGUAAAUACUGCAACUCAGAAGACGUCAACUGAGACGUCUCAAUCUUGUACCAAGAGAAAAUUUGACGCUCUCGACGCUCGUAUCUCGGAUCAAAAGACCAAGAAAGAUGGGGCUAAUGUAAAGCUGAUGAAGGUAUCAGCUACCAAGAAGAUCAAUCAAAGCACGACCAAGACGCGGGAAUUUUCUUUUGCUCGACCGACGGAAUCUUCUGCCAGACGUACAGCUGCACUUACUGAGAACCAUACAAAAAAUAUGAAGGCAACACCUCCAUCUUUCAAGCUGCAGCAACUGAAACGGACACCUGCUAAAGCUCAAUGUGCAUCGACGCUGGUCCUUAAGACUCCGACGGAAACGGCUGCUGCUGCUGACAAGGCAUCGCGUGCUCACUUUAGCUAUACUCCGUACACUGGUCCAUUGCCACCACUGACUGUUGAAUCCAGUUUUGCACCCAAGAAUGGACAGAUGUCCGACCGUCGAGCAUGGUCGGCACCUCCUGCUCAGACAAAAGGGACUGCAAGUGCUCGCAAACCUCGACUUGCAUCAGUGAAGGAAAUGCAGCUGCAAAGCACGACCGGUAAGGAAAACAGUGGUGUGAACACAAAGGAAAAGACAGCUACUAACGUAGCUUCUAGCAGCCAACCUCCCGUCACGCCAGGCAAAAAAAACGGGAUUGCUUGUGAGUAA